AUGAUUAGUGUAUUUUUCAAGGGAGUAACAUAUUGUUUAAAUGAUGUUAGUAAAUUUGAAAAGUUAAAGAAGUUAAUUAAUAAAAAAAUCAAACUUCAUAUAAAUGAGGAAUAUGAAAAAGAUAAAACUCAAAAUGGAAUGCCAUUCCAUUAUAUACAUGAAUUGAGUUUAAGUGAUUAUGUAGAUUAUGUUUUAAAUAAAGAGGAAACAUAUGAUUGUGUAUUAUUUAUAAUUGAUGUUGAAACGAAGAAUAAUCUUUCUAUGUUUGAUAGGAAAACAUAUGUAUUAUUAGACCUAUUUAAUAAUGUUGCAAAAAAAAUUAUUUUAGAAAAUAUUUUUUUAUAUAAUGAAAAUAAUAAUGAAAAAGAAAACAAAAAUAUAUAUAUGACAAAUAAAUUGAUAAAACCUAUAUUUUUUUUUUAUGUAAAUUUUAAUAAGCCAAAUUUAAAUCCAUUAAAAUAUAUACAUAUGAUACAAAAUUAUCCUGAAUUUAUAUACAUGAAUGAAAAUACAUUUUACAACUACAAGCAUUAUUCUCCUAUCCGUAAUAUUUAUAUGUUAGAAAAUUUUAUAAAAAAGGAAGAGAAAAAACAAGAUGAAACAAAUGAGGAUAAAAUACAAACAGAAUUAAACAUAGAAAGUAUUACAGAUUACUUUUUAAAAUUUAUAUACACACAUAAUAUUAAUAAAUAUAACACUAGUUUGAAUGUCAACGAAGAUGAUGAUACAAAUAGGGAUGGCAUGUUUUCCAAGAUGAAAAUGUAUUUAUCUUUUAUUGUAGGUCUUAUAUUUAUUUUAUUAUAUUUAUUUAUUUUAGUAGUAAAUAAAUAUAAUAUAAUAAUAUUUAUUUGCUCGUAUAUUUUAUACUUUAUAUGUUUGAGUGGAUUAUUCCAUUGUUUGAUCUAUCAAUCCGAAUUUUAUAACACGGACAUAAAUUUAGACUCUAUAUUAAAUAGAUAUAUAUAUAGAUCAACGAAUUCUCAAUAUAUAUAUGAAGUAUUUUUAAAACAAAGUUUUGAUAAUAAAUGUUCUUUAAAAAAAAAAAAAAAUUGGAAGAACGGUUUUACUUAUGCUUACAUAAAUGGGAAUAUGUUGAAAAAUAAUUUAUUGUAUUUACAAAAGUCAGGAAAUAAAACUAAUUAUUAUUUACACUAUACAUGCACAGAAGAAAGCCAUAAGAAUAGUAGUCGCAGUGGCAUAGCACAAUAG